AUGGCGGAGCGGCCGCGGUACCACGUGACGCCGCGGCGGCCGCUCCGCGCGCGGGCGGAAGCGACGGGCCCGGGUCCCGCCCCGCGGGAAGUGAGGCCCGCGGAGCCGCUCCCGCCGCCGCGGGAAGGCGGCAGCCACAGGCCCGGGCAGGCGGCGGUGGGCGGACGGGGACGGGGACGGGGAAGGGGACGGGGACGGGGAAGGCGGCGCGGCGCGGCAGCGGGCGGGAUGGUGGGCAGCGGCGAUGAUGAGGCGGCUGCGCCGGACGGCCCCGAGCUGGCUCCCCCGGACGGCCCCGGGCUGAAGCGGCGGCGGAAGAGCCCCCGGCUGGCGGCGGCGCGGCCGGAGGAGCCCGAGGAUGAGGUGGACGCCGCGGCCCAGCACGGCGCGCUGCAGGGGGACAAGCAUCACUUUGGGACCCCAGACUCCCUGACGCGACCCCCUAUAAAAGCCUACAGAUCGCCAGGUGGUACUUACUUCGAAGAGAAUCCAGUAAGGGAAAAGGCAAAGGCUUGUGACAGUAAUGAAACUGAGAAACCAAACAUUUAUACACCAUUAAAAGAAAGAAAGGCUGACUUUCUUGAGAAAAAUCAAGGGUGCUGCUCAACUUCUGCACCACAGAGCGGAAGUAAAUCUCGGUAUCAGUCCAGUACGGAGAAGCAGUCACAGCCUUUGGCCAAAAAUGAUGGUGAAUCGCAGAAUGGAUUUCACAAGAUGUGGACUUUGUUACUGAUUCUGUUAAUUAGUGUCCCAUUGCUUUAUGUCCUGUGGAGUGGAAUUCAAGAUGGAACCUCUUCAAGGAGAGAUGCUGAAAUUCUGCAAGCGUUUCGGGCCCAGAUGGAGAAACUAAAAAAUACUUACCAAAGUCAGGAUCCCAACCUGUGGAGAAGAGCCCAUGCUUUCCUUGAGAAACGUCUUAACUCUUCCCACGUGCAUCUGGAGCCUGCUAUCCUGCUGCUCACAGCUGGCCAGGAAGCUGAGAAGGCCCUGAGGUGCCUGAGCAAUGAGAUUGCCAACGCUUUUGCCUCCUCCCAAAAUGCCACUACAAUCAGCAUCAACGCAGUGGACAAGGCUGUACAGGACAGUGACUCUGUCAAACUGGAGGUGGACACAGAGCUCAGCUCUGGGUUCACUGAAGGCAAGAAGGUGGCAGUGGUGCAUCGAUUUGAGUCACUGCCUGCAGGCUCCACCUUAAUCUUUUACAAGUACUGUGACCAUGAAAAUGCAGCGUUUAAGGAUGUGGCUCUUCUGCUGACAGUUCUCCUGGACGAGCAGUCGCUGAGAAAGAGCCUCACCUUUCAAGAAGUGGAGGAGAAAGUCCGGGAUUUCCUCUGGGCAAAGUUCACCAGUUCAGAUGUUCCUACUUCUUACAACGGCAUGGACACAGAUAAGCUGAGUGGACUGUGGAGCCGGAUAUCUCAUCUUGUGUUGCCUGUUCGACCUGAAAAGGGCCUCCCUCUGGAGGGAUGCACGUAAAAGUUGCUGGAGGGCACUUGGGAAAGGAGGAAGACGCAAAAUAUAUAUUGCAAGGCAGAAUAGGGAAGAAUUUAGUGUGGCUGCUGAGCUCAGGCAGCAGCAAACGAGUCCUUUCUGUGCAGAGACUUUCCACCAACUGGCAGGGUUGUUUCUGCCAAAGUAACUGGGACUUCUCUAAGUAAACUACAUCAUAUAAGCAAGGAAUUUGCUGGUUAUUGGUAAAUUGUAUUCAGUGAUGCAUUCAGCCUUGGUGUCCUGCAGCUGGACAUUGCUGUGCGUCAGAGCAGUCACACAUUUGCCUCUGAACCUGUGUUGAAGCACUGUUGGCUUUGUUGUGAGGAUCCUUCUCUGGUGGUGCAUAAAGCUGGUAUCACAUUUGACAAGGUAACAGAAUGUAAAACCAUCACCUUCAUCUCCCAGAAUUGCUUACUUUUCUUCUAACAUAAGAAAUAAACUGAAAAUUAUGACAAAGUGAUGUGAGUCUAAGCACAAGCUUCUUCCUGAUCCAUUGGAUCACAACAUAGAUGUCAGCUGUCUCUGGCCACUGUAGAAGUGGCAAAAUUGCUUGAAAUAUCUGUGACCUGUAGAGAACUUUUCAGCAAGCAUUUCUUCCUUAAAUGAGCCUGGCACAAUUCUGGAGAAAGAGAAAAGCUGAGGUACAAAGGUUGCAUAAAGUCAGUAGUACUAAUGUCAGUUGAGUGAUUCCUCAGUACCUCUUUGCCUGGCUGCUUGCAGGAGUUCUCUACUCUUUUUCAAUGUUUUGCAAGUCUUAAAAUCUGGAUGGAAAUGAUAAAAUGUUUAUCCCUGUGUACAUACUGUAUCCUUUCCAAACAAAACUUUAGGAAGACAUAGGCUAUUUCUCAUUUUACUAAGAUAAUUAUUUUUGCAUUGAGAGAAUCUAUUUAUUUGUGGUACUUGAUAUCCUAAAAAAAUAAGUUUUCUUCUUGUAUCUGUGUAUAACUGGCUGCUUGCUGUAUACAUUUCUAGCAAAGAACAGAUUUGCAGAGCAUGCUUUUAAUAUGUUUUUUAGUCUCUCAUGUCAAGAAUUCUUCACACCAGAUUAAAAACAUGUACCUGUUUCUAUUGUUUAGUACUUCGCUUAAAAAAAUAAAAAAGAAUAGCAGCACUUCCAUUUCAUUGCUGUUACUUCAUGCUCUGAGCUAUUGGUCCAUGUCCAUUUGGUUUUAUUGAAUAUGAAGGAAUGUGUGAAGAUGCUCUCAAAUCAGUAGGAUGUUUUCUUGUAACAGCUGAGAGAUUGGGCCCAUCCUUCAUUCACAAGCCCCUUGAACUGUCCUCUUACAAAAUAAUCCUUUUCAACCAGGAAAACCCAUUGAGGAGCUGGAGCUUCUGGCUCCUUUGUGCAAGGCAAGGUUGGGGGUGUUAAGUGGAAUCAACCAAAAUCACCUGAAGCAAUAAAGGAGCAGAGUUUAGGAGACACACAGCUGUGCUCACUUAAACCAGAGGUGGAUUUGUUCAAACUAUGGAGAGCCAGCAAUGGAUAAUGCUUACUAUUUUAAUGGGCAGAAAUAAAAACAGUAAACAGACAUGGAAGUGCUGUUAUUCUGGAUAUUUAAUAGCUCAGGAAGGAAAAGAUGGCAUUUACAUUUCAAGCAUUUCACUGGACAAAUGUUUUUUAAUAAAAAAAAACAACUGUGACUUAUUUUCAAAUGUGUCCUCAUAGCAUAUUUGUUUGUAUAUUACGUAAACUAUUUUAGUAAUGAUUCAAAAUAAACACACUUAUUUGUUUUAUAAAAGCUGUUUUAAGACUUGCCCAUUGAA